AUGGAUCCUGCCCUUGCUGCCUUGCCACCGACCGCAUCGGCGGCGGCACAGAGCUCUAAUUCAUCGGACUCCCCCGCUGGCAUUCACUGUGCCAAUCCAGAAUGUCGCACGCGCGCUGGCGAGCGAUCCCGUGGCCAUCAGAGCUGCCGCUCCUUGUUAUGCGGGCAUUGCUGUCAGAAUGCUGCACGAGCGGCCGCAGAGGCGGGCGAGCAGCGCCCCGUCUGCAAGGUCCAUGCAAGAAGAGUACAUACGGGGCUCAAGCCGGUACCGAAAGAGCAACAUGCUGAAGUCAGCGAUCCCCCGGCUCCAGUUACGAAUGCGAAUGCGAAUGCGCAUGCGAGUACAAGCAAUGCUGUGAAUGCCGUGGCAUGGUCGGCCCCACGAUCCGGAGAUUCAGAAGAGCUCAGCUCUCUGCUUGAGAAACGUGCAAGACUUGAGCAGUCUCUGAAGCGAUCGCUGACUAUGGUCGUCUGGUAUCGCAACGGCUGUGAACCGCUUCGGAUCGCACAUGAAGUCUCGACAUUUCCACUCUUCCAACUUCAAGACUUUCCAGAGCUAGUCAACGAAUUAGGUCUUCAAUCGUCGUCUUACAUAGAUUCAUAUAACUCCGAGACAGGCCAAUGGGAGCAGCAUAAGAUCUCGACGGUGCGCACUGUUGAGCAAGAACAGCGCUUGCUGUAUCGACUACGUCCGAGUUUACUGGACAGCUUGACGGAUUGCCCUUCCCUUGAUCAGGAGCUAGGCCUGCAACCACCACCAAUGGCACUUCUGACUAAAAGACAAGGCGAGCCAUUCACGCCGCCUCCAUCAUCGGGAAAACAGGCACGUGUUCUUUCGAACCCUAACCCAGUCCGCGCUCCAGCCGUGCCAACACCUGCUCAGAACACGGUAGUACAAAACUGGGAUGCUCCUGUAAGAGAUGCUUCUCCUAACCUAGGGACUCCAACGUGGACAGUGACAGCAUCCGCUGGAACGGCGUUACCGAAUGUUCGUGCAAGUCCCAGUAUCAAUGCUCCAAUUGCAUCCAGCGCCUCGACGACCCCACAAACUCCUUCCACUGCCAAUAACACGAACAUGACUGCUUCCGUCACGAGCACAUCCAACAAUAACACAAAACGCUGGCCAACAGACUACACAGUCCACGAGAUUACCGAAGGGUUUGACAACAUGACAGCUUUGAUUAAAGUCGACCCAAGCCUCCGCCAGAAAACGGCCUUCGAACGCGUUUUCCCUCCGUGCCGGUACGUGAAGAGUACAGUUGGCAGGGCAAAGCUGUAUUGGAAACGUGCGAGUUCGGAAAUUAGGGAUCAUUUCCUGGCAUUGGGAAGGGAGGAUCCUAGAGCAAGGUGGACCCAUUUUGUACAUUUGAUGGAUGGGAGGCUCGUCAUUGAGGUUGGGAAAGAGAAGAGCAUAGUUCCUGUGGGUCCAACGGGACAAGGAGCGGGUGCGGCAGCUGCACUGGGUGUUGGAAUUGCAGAAGGAGAUAAUGAUACUGCGGAUGAAGAAGAGCCCAACGCGAGUCCGGUUAGCUUCGGCCAAACACAGACCAAUCAACCGCAAAUCAAUAUACAGUCCCCGCCCGGCAUACCAGCGCAUACUUCACUGCCUCUCAAUACCAGGCCGCCGCAUAUGGGAGCACUCUUACCAAACCCGAGCCCACUCUCGCACCAUUCGAAUGCACCAGCUGCUAUGUCGAUGCCAACAUCUUUCACUCUAGAUAGGAACAUGAACAUAAAUCGAUCGUCGAGCUCGCUUUCGGGUGCGAUCACGAUAUCAGAUCAUGUAUAA